AUGGACGUGAAAAUGGAAGAGAAGUUCAAACCUGAGAAGGUAGAGGAUGAAAACAAACCAGCUCCUGAGAUCACCGCUAGAGAAAUGGUUUGGGCUGCAUUUCAGAGGGUGACACAAGAUGAGAAUCUUGGAGAAUGGUUGAACCGCAGGAGUGGCCUUCAGAAGACCUUGACGCAGAGGACUUACGUCCCCUUCUGCUAUCUCUUCGUUUUUUCAAGGGACAGCAUUGGCCAAGAGACAGCAGAGAAGCAAACGCCAAGUGCCUUAGAGUUCUUGGGACAGUUUGGGAAGGCCAUUGAGAAUCUCAAGCGCAGUUCAGGGAAACCACUUCCUUUGUCUCAAUCUUUGAGCGCAUGCAUAGCGGACUACAACCGACUGACGGUUCAAAGGAAGUACAAGGUCGAUACAUGGAAGAGAAAGAUUAUCUAUAAUCUCUUGAAGUGUCCGCAAGACCUCAUCAUGUUGCUGGCCUCCCACUACGACCGCCACCGCCACACAUCGUCAGGCGAGGCUUGGUGGAGUUUCAGUGCACUGCAUGUCAGCCAAUGUGUAACGCAUGGCAUAGUUAGAACUUUAUCAGUCUGUAAGUCAACUGCAAGGUUGCAAACUUGA